ACGAGCUUCCUCCUCUAACACGCACCACCUCCGUCGGGUACCGUGACUAUGGAUGCUACUGUUGUGCCGUCCUAUCCGGUGACGACUGUCGCUCCGGCGGCGGGCGGCGAACAGCUAGCGGGCAACUCGCCCUUCCACGAAGUGCUAAUCAUCACGGCCGGUUAUGAGGGGGGAUGGACUAUGUUUGAUAUCCACACGUUCUCGACUGACAAACUGAGCUGGAGUACAACGCGCUCCCUUCAAACUAUGUGGGGCAAUACCCUCGGAUCAUUCUGUCAAACCGAUGCCGUCGUCUGCCACGGCAUCGCGUACUGGCUAUUUCGUGACGAGAGGCGACGGUGUUACUGUCUUGUUAAAAUGACUAUCCAGAAGGGCUAUCUCAUGUUCGGGUGGCCCCCGGUUCUGAUGAUGCUUGACCGAAAUCACCGUCCGUGCCUUAGCCUGGCAAGCGAUGGCACACUCUCCCUGCUACAGAUGCAAGAGAGAGGUUCCAAUCUAGAGAUAUGGGGAGCAAAGAGCCAAGAGAGUCCGUAUGGUGUCUUGGAGUGGCUCCACCCUAAGACGAUCGAGCUGAUACAACCACAUUGGAAGAAGAAGACCCAAGGAAAAGACACGCUUUACGUACUAGGAGAGAAGUGUGGCAAAUUGCUUGUCAUGAACGGGCGCGGGCACGUGUACACCGCCGACCUCGAGACCGGAGCAAUGAAGGAGGUAGCGGAUGGGCCUCACGUACGCCCCAACAGCCCUCUGGAUGCCGUGCUCUUGGAGAUGGACUGGCCGGCGAUCUUUGUUUCACGUCUUGGUAACGACAGUGGAGAGGCAGCUACAAGAAGGAGAAGCCGAUACAAGGGAAGAGGCAGUAGGAAGACUCAUAGCCGUGCCUAGGCAGCAGAUAUAUGGGUGUUGUUUGUGUUUUUCUUAUUUUGUUAGUGAAUCCGGGACUUCCGCUCUCAUGUCUCAAUGGAGAGGCAGCUGCAAGAAGGAGAAGGCGACACAAGGGAACUCGCAGCCGUGCCUAGGUAGAAGAUUAUAGGAAUUAAUAUUAGAUUGUGUGUGCUUUGAUGUAAAAAGCUUAUUAUAGAUAUUUGAAAAAGUAAAGCUCAUAGUGUGUUAAAGAGAGAAUGAUAGUGUUAUCUCAAAGUGUAGCACCCAGUUCACAUGCAUGGUGCACAAAUGUAUUGCCCCUGUAUUCAGCCGGCACCUAUGCAUAGCCUUAUGUACCCACGGAUCCACGAAGGAGAUGACAGCGGCAUAGCCUUGUUGUAAAUCAACCGUUUGUUGGUAAAGACGACGGCGAGCCUGCUCCCGGAUUGGAAGCAGCGGCACCAUCACCGGCGCCUACUACCUCAAGCAAGGUUGUCCUCAAGGAUAAGAACCCCA